AGGUUCUCUAUGACCAUCCAUACUCCACUUCCUUACAAUAACCUUCCUUACUAUAAUAGUUCCUCCUUCAUCCUUGAUAUUCCGAGAAGACUAAUUUCCUUGUGAGCAUAGAACAUCCAUCCUUAUUUGUAGAUUUACUCAAUGUAUCUUACCAAGACCAACUUUUCUUAGCACAAGAAUAUCGAUGAACGCUUACUCAGUCUUUUCCGUUAAAAUCAAUCCAGUUUUUAGGGAGGGCUUUGGUUUGUAAUUGUAUCCGCAUACGAAGAUACGACACAAGCCUUUGAUAUUGUUGCCACUCGUGGUCACACAGAACAGGUUAGAAUCCUGUUUUGAUAUAUUUGCGCGAGCGUGUAGUUUUUCGUAUUUCUGUUUGUGGAUCUUCCAAAAAGAUGUCUUUCUCCGUGCCUCAUUCGAUGCCGCAUGCUCAUCUGAGCCAUGGAAUCAGCGACCCGAUUCCUAAAGGCGCCGAGGUCCACACGCAUGUGAUAGAGUCGGCCGCACCGGAUGAUCCGAAUGCCGCGCGGUUCGAGGAUAUCGCUGCGCAGAAUUUUCCCGUCAACUUCCCGCCUUCAAGCUCUCUGAGGUCAUACGCCACUCCUAGCACUAGUUUCGAGGUCAUCGCGCAAGAUGGAAUUAUGGCCAUAGCGGAGACCAAUCAGGUCUUGGCCCGUUUCUACGGUGAGCGUGCAAAAAAGAAGAACCUCGUGCUGCAGACGCCCGUCAUCUACGUGCGGCAGCUGCCACCGAGCAUCGACGGCGCGGAGCCGGCUGUGUCACCAGCACAGCUGGUCGUGAACAACAUCGGCUCGUUCGUCACUGUCGAAGUUGGUAUUCCGCAUCUGAAGGCGCAGAUGCAGAUCGGAAAAACAUCGAGUGGCGACAACACAUUAGUGGUCUCUUUCGAUGGCUUUGACGACUUGUCGAAGGGAGACCUGCUUUCUAUCAAGCACCGAGGCUAUAUCUGCAUCCCGGUCAUUUUUGACUAUAUCGAGAGCACAAAGACGCCUUCAACUACAGCUGCAGCUGCCCCGGCAGACGCUGGAAGAAAAUCAGCCUCCGACGACGUGGACGAGUUAGCGGACGAGGGCUGGGAGGUCGUGAAAAAGCUGAAGAAAGUGCAAGUAGAGGUGUUCCUUCACCUGGACGGACGUCAGGCAGAAACUCAAGAGGAGGACAAGGACGUAGCCUGGUUCAAAUCCGAGCUCGACAGGCAAGUGCCGAGGCUAAAAGCCAAGCACGGAGAACUAGUAAAAGUCUAUAACGAGCAACAAGCACGCUUUCGCAAGCAGAAAGCAGAAGCGGAUAAGCUCGCUCAAGAGCAGGAAGCGAUCAAGCAACAAGAACUCCAGAAGAGUCAGGAGAGGUAAUCAUGAUUUUCAUUGACAUUGCCCAAUUAAAUUUAAAUUAAUAUAUAUCGCAAUCGAACUGGAACAUUUACUUUUUUUUUCAUGAAGAUCAGCAUUCAUUUUCUUGGCGUUUCAUGAUUGUGCACUACAGCUAGGUACUUAAUACCAUCGUGAGGUCAUCAUUUUUAUUCCAAAAUCCAAAUGUAACGAACGUCCUCUUGACAAUGAUUUUUGCGUCCCGAUCCCCGUGAUAGAGAUACUUUUACUUACUUUACGAGCAAAACAAAUUCAAGAGAAACUAUCUGUCUCCCUCCACCAGGCUCAUGCAGGAGUACCAGAAGCAUCAGGAGCAUUUGGCGCGUGUGCAUGCGGAGCGACAGUACGCGGAGCAAAAUGGACUUCAGCCUCCACCUAGAACCUCCACUUCUGGUUUAACACCGAGAGGCUUAGCCCUGCACCGUAAUGUUACUGUUAGCGGAGUGGUGACACCUCGAAAACUGAGCACGGCUGACGUUUCAAUAAAUCUGACGCCGCGUGGGAUGUCCGGAUCUGGUUCAGCCUCGUCAAUAGUCACGGCCGCACCAGGCACACCGCGGUUAUACAAAGCUAGCAUUGAGCCCCUGAAAAUAGCAGAUAUUCCAAGUUUGGACGACCGCAAGCCAGGACCAGUCGUAGCGGCAGGUAAAAUUAGCAGAUGUCUUGGGUUUCUAGGACUUUGAAUUGUGUAGAUUGAAAUUGCUAGAUGAUCAAAAUCCACUUACUUUACUGUACCUGUUCAUGUGCUGCUGCCUCUCUGUCUAUGUUGUCUUCGCCUGAAAAAUAAAACUUGACUGUCAACACUGUGAACACAUUCUGACUGGUCAUGAGUCAUUCUUUGAGUAUGGUGAGAUCUUUGACUUUUUACCUCGUGGUGAUCCUACCCGCAACUUGCUCACACAGCGCACACGCCAUUAGCGAACGAGAUUCCGCCAAUUCUGGAUACACCAAGAAUCGCACCGGAAGAAUGGCACUUGAAGAAGGAUAUAGUGGAGCACCAGCUAAAAACAAUGACGGCUCAGAGUGACAUAGAGGAGGAGAUCCACAUCUUGAAGCUUAGAAUACUUCGGCAGAUCAUUUUCAAGGAAGCACAUCGCAUCAUCGGAGAAACGCACACAGAAGAAGAGGUAAACCGCCAUUGUGCUUUUUACACUUUUGUAUUGUACAUGCUCGUCGAUGUCCUUGUCUAUGUCUACUACCUAGAAGACAUAGAAGAAGACAUGGAAUAAAAUAACGAUCGUCAUCUGAUCACGUUUGUCGAGUAAGUAGUAAGUUGAAGUUCAAGUUGGUAGUGGUACGACUACUAGAAGAUGAAGAUGAAGAACUACUACAAUCAGUGAGUAGUUCUACAAGAGCAUUUUCAUUAUGUGAAAAAUACAAAUUAAUAUCUUCUUGUCCUACCUUGCAACGAACUUUCUUUCAGAUCCAUACUUUCUGUGGAUUAUUUCCUCGACUUUGGGAGAGACUCAGGGAGGCGCGCUUCGAUGAGCGUCCUGUGAAGAAACGACGAGGCAUGUUGAUUGCGAUGCAAAUGAACCUCAUGGCUCGAGGCAUGUCAUCAGGUCCAGCUGGCCAAGCAGAGUUGAUGUACGAACCGAAGAAACCAAAGGUAUAAGAACUGGCGCUUCUUGUUAAUUGUUCUCUUUAUCGUCCUGCGCAGUACUGCAACUUCCACUUUGUUUCUUCUAGUUUGCUUGAGUUCAUUCUGCGUCUCAAAAAAAGUCCUCGCACGAACACAAUAGUGUCGUCAGCAGGGGAAAAUAUUACUGCUUCAAAACAAAACUUUUCAGGUUCUCCAUGUCAUUAAGGGUAGUCCGAAGAUUCGCACGCGUCACGCCAAGAGCAAAGUCUCAAGUCCUCGCAUGAUUCAUGAGGAGCAAGAUGCGACUCCAGCAGUGUCGAAGUCAACCGGCGGGGGUUUGAACCUUAACCGCGUGAUGUCUUCUGGUGCACCGAAGCAUGCACAUCCGCACAUCCAUGGGGCUAGCGUGGUCGAGUUCGAGAACAUGCGGGAAGGCGUGAACCAAGUGUUUUUGCCAACGUGGAUGAAACAGCCAAAGAUGCUUGGCAUCCCUCACGAAGCUCUCUCGCCAGUCGAGCAGGCAGAUCGCGUGCAGGAGCAGCGCAAGGCCAUUAUUGAGUCGGUCCAGGAGAGGCUGAAGAAACAGGGCAACCUUCAUUUGUUGGAGCACUUGAAGCUCUUUGAGACGCCGCACGGCAUCGCCGCACACCUACAACCGCCGCCAAGCUCAGCCCCUCCCGCGGGUGCUGACCGCACGGCAGGCUUGGACGUUCCCAACUUUUCGGCACUUGGGCCCGCCCACAUGGAGCCUGUGCACCUGCAGCCGCACGAGAUGCAGCACCUGAUGGCGCACGCAGAGUUGCCCGACCACAUGGCGGAAAAAUUGAUGUCCAUGGGAAUCAAGCACCCGAGCGCGCCACCACCGCCACCGAAGUACGAGGCUCCGAGCCACUUGCAGAUCGGUUCAGGUGUCCAGAAGCAGAGGAUCUCGCUGAACCACGAAGACGUGUUGCCGCAGCCCAUGGGGAAGAACAAGCCCACACUGCGGGGCAGCAUUCAUCUGCAGAGUCACGCGCCGAAGCUGGUGAUUGACCAAAGGAUGUUGCACAUUCAGGACCUGAAGUUGGCAGAAGCACCCAACCUUCGCGACCUGAGAGCAGUGCGAAGUUUUAUACCAAACACGAGCAUGGGCGUGGCGGCAGCUGCUGCUGCUAGCGCGGCGCCAGCUAGUGGCGCUACCCCGGCAGGCACAAAAGCGACAGGAGUAGCAUCCAAGCAAGCACAGUACAUGCAGGCUCCAACAAGCUUUGACCAGACUCCGCGUGGGGCGCCUCAAUCUGACCGCGGGGAGAAUGGAGAGAGUGUGAGCGGCGGAUCGGCGGUAAUCCCGAUGCCGCAGCUCACCGUGGGCGGAAAGCUUCCAGGCUUCGGCAGCGCGCCGCGAUUCAGCACCUCGGUGAACCCGCUUCCACCUGCAGGCCCGUGGCCCGGACUGAAUACAGGAAGGCAAUCACAGGGUGGUGGCGCGCCGGCACCACAGUGGACGAAGCUGGCUGCUGCACCCGCACCGCAAAUUCGCGACUUGACUCCUGGUGCCACCCCGCGAAUGCCUUUUGCGUUCUUUCGGGAAGGCUCGCAUCGUACGUCACAGGCGACACCGUGUUCGGAGGAGGAGCCGGUGACUUUUGAAGACAUUGCACUUCUCCACGCGGCGCGUGAACACGCUCAUAUGCUGGCUGCCUCACGCGGCAGUGGAGCACAAGAGCAGGGCGCCGAGGUCGAGGAAGUGGACGAGUUAGCACCAGUAGGCAUCAUUUCUUCAGAAGAAGAUCAAGAGGAGAAGGGCGGACUUGAAAUUCCGUUGGCCGGCGCAGCUAGCUGCUCAUCUGCAUCAGAGCCUCUUCCAGCAGGCCUAUUAGUAACAAGUACCAGCCCCGAGGGAAGCGAUUCCUCCGUUCGUACGAUGGAGCAGGCUGUCAGCGAGAUUCUCGCAGAAGCACAGGAGAGGGCGGUUGCGGUUGGAGAUAUGGAAGAGUCCGCUCCGCCGCCGGCUGGGGUACACGAAGGUUGCCACCAAGCAGUGCAGGAAGGCGCGACAUCGUCUGAGGAGAUCAUCGGUGUGUCUGCAGACGCGGUUGAGGUCGCAGAGACGGUGAUUCAAACGGAGUCAGAAGCGGCUCCAGAAACGAACGCUUCUGGGUCAGAAGCCGAGCCAACCAAUAGCCGCGUGCUCGACGUGUCCUUCAACAACGCCGCCACAACGACUUUUGUCAUUGAGAAUGCAAGCGAAGCAGUAGUUCAAGAGACGGUCUCCGCUUCGGAACAAGUGGCAGAAAAGCCAAUAGAGUUGCCAACUACGGAAUUAAAAACUCUUUCUGCCUUCAUUGGCGAUGAAGAUAAGGGCGAAGUGUUUGGCGCCGUCCUAGAUGACGCAGAUGACUUGACUCCAUCUGAGCCUGAAGGAGCUCCCGCAGCGGUCGACUCGAGAACGGUGCGCGUUGACCUUGAAACUGCCAGUUCUAGCUCAGCAACAGGCGACGCCGUUUCCGAGAGACAGGAAAACAAGAGCGAGCUCGAUCAGCCGAAUAUGCGGUUCUACGACGAUUUUGAUGACGACGAUGGCGCGGGGCCGCAUUCGGCCACCACCGCUGCAGUCACGUUUAACAGCGCGGCGCACUUGCGUAUCGCGCGUGUGAGCCCAUGGGGUGACAAAGAGAAGAAGCACACUAUUCCUCACACGAUUCACAAGUUGAAGAACACGCACUCCUUGCUUGUGCACGCGCCACACGAGCUUGCUCUGCCGACCGACACCCCCUUUGAGCCGCCAGGACCACAGGAGGAAAUGGUGAGGAUCAAUACCAUUCGGUCGCGCGCGGGUGUCCAGCAGGGUCCGUACGCGCACAAGAAGGAGUGCAGUACUCCAUUCGAGCACAGUAAUCUGACCGUUCUCGGGCGCAACAACUACGGCGGCGUGAACCUGAACAACCUGAGCCACAUGCAGCAGGAGGCACCGCAAACAGAUAGCAAGGAGAAGGAUGUCAAACCGCACUGGCUGGUAAAGGACAAUGCGACAUCGGCAAUCUUUGACUGGGACUUGCGAAAGCUGAAGCUCAUCGAAGAAAUCUUGCGAACCGACCCAGAUGUGCUGACCGUGCAGGAGUGCGAUCAAUACGCGGACUUUUUCCGACCGUUCUUGGCGCAGCUCGGCUACCAGUCGAUGUUCUGCCCGAAGUCGAACGCGCCGGGUCUGGCCCGCGGCUUCUACGCGGAUGGCGUCGCCUUGUUCUGGAAGCAUCGUGAAUUUGUACUGAAGGAGCGAUAUCGUGGCAUUCUUCCACCUGGCAACGCCUGCGUGAUGGUCAUCCUCGAGUACUACGAGGGCGAUGCCGUGGAUGCAGCGAUGCGCCGGGAGAGCGAGGAACAGCACCACGCGGGUGAUGCCAUGGACCAUGUGCACCAACAUAGCCAUACUACGAUGACCAUCACUGUUAAGGGCCAAGAUGGUUCCGAGCGCAUAGAGAAAGUUUCAGUAGCGGACGACAACGAUCAGCCUCAUCGUUCGCACGGAUCUCUCCGAGCGGCCUCUGAAGAUGUCAGGAAUGACGAGGACCUGCAAGUCAUGCCUAGCGGUAGUCCGCUCGCCGCCACACCGCGGGUCCAGGUGAGCUGGCAGAACAGCUUCUCCGGCGCCGAGUCACCCUUCCGCAAGAGCGGGUCUCGCACUGGUCUCGCGGAUUCCGGUAGCUACUACCACGACCAGAGUAGCAGCACCGUCGCCGGCGGAAACUCAUCAUCUGCUGUAAGAAACACUAGCUCAUCCGAUGGCUUCGUCGAUGACGAAGAGCGCGCGAUGGUUGUUAGCGACAUGAAGCAAGGAAACAGGCGUGUCACGCAGUUUGCCAGCGGCUACUUGCCGCCGCGCAGAACGCACCCGAAGAAUCCAAGCAAGUUGGCGGAGAACAAACGACAACACCUUCUCCACGGCCACUACGGCCUCGUUGACGUCGUCGGCAAGGUGUUUGCUGGCGCGGUUAAUGGCAACAGCAGUGACGCAGGUUCAAGCGCAAACGGCGCCAGCACACCGCGUCUCGGUCUUCAGUUCGGGAACUACACUCCGAACCUUCCCUCUGCCGCAUCUUUGUUCUCGGUCACCGCUGACCAGCAGGGCCAUUUGCGACACCGCAUCAGCCGUGUGUCAACGAUGCUCCCCGGUGGGUGCUGGAUCAAGGACCCGGAUGAGGUGAUGAACAGCACACGCAACAAUGACUUCCGUGCGCCGUUGCAGGUCAACACGCCAAGAGAUCUGUCGCUUCCGGACUUCCAGGAAGUGUUCCGCCAAUCCUUACCACCAUCCCAUAGCAAGAACGCCCAGCCUAUGGACACUGGGUUAGCCGAGAAGCUGCACCAGAGCCGAUUGAUGAACACUCCCGCUACAACUGGAGUUGUCAUCAACAAAGGCGGCCGCUCAGCGAAGAGCAGCAAGAACCCGCAAGGCCAUCAGGACUUGGAACAAUUCCACAAAAAGAAGUACCUCUUGCUUGCGACAACGCAUCUGAAAGAGGGUGAAUCAGCCUCAGACGUAGCUGCCCGAAGGGAACAGACGGCGUUCUUCCUGGACCAAAUCGAGGCAAUGAAAUAUUCUUUCAGUCUCGAGUACGGCCGUAAAAUUGACGCCGUCAUCGUGAGCGGUGAUUUAGCGACCAAUCCUUACAACAACGAGGUCUUGCCACAAAUGUUAGCGCCCGUAAAGGAGAAGAGCACUGUCUUCCAGUCGGCCUACAAACUGCCAUCCAGCGAGAACGAAGUCGGCGUUUUUGGCGGCAUAUCACGGGUGCAGCAGGAGCGCGAACGCAACGCAAAGUGCCCGCCAACAACGGUAAUAAAGUUCUAUCAGAGGCGGGAGAAUUAUAUUACUUCAUCUAUAAAAUUUCAUGUCAUCAUCUUCUUGUUUUAGCGCGACUGUUCUACGUCUGUCUUCGUCCGUAGUACUAGUGUACAUUACCAUAAUGAAGAUAAGUAAGCAAGUUGAGUGUUGAGCCUUAAAACUACACUUACUCUUACUCUUACACUUACUUCAAGUUCCAAGUUCCUCUAAACACCAGGUCUCCGCCUCUGGCAAGCGUUCAAUAUCGGACUAUAUUCUUAGUUCGGGUCUGCAGCUCGAGAGCCGACUGUGGAUGCCAUUCAUGAACGAGACUGGCGAAGAGACGACGCAGCUGCCAUCGAAGGGAUAUCCUUCGGACCACUUCUCUCUCGCAGCUCAGUAUUCCUUUGCAACGGUUACCGUGAUGAAGCCGGUUUCAAAGACGAGCUCGUGAAUAAUUAUGGGUGUAAAUACUCCGCGUUGAAGGAGGUUGUACUUAUGAUUAGAAGGACGGCGCCGGUGCUCGUCUAGGCUUAGCAGGCCUAGUUUGCUGUUCCUGUUGUGGAUCGAUCCGAUUCUUCUUGAGGAGUUUUACUUUUGCUUCCUCUACUAUUGACUUUGCAUCUGGUAUGAUUAUUUUUCAACGUAUUUUCAUCUUGCCCGUACUGGUGGUUUACAGGUAGUAUGAUCAAACUCCGGAAGACGUGAUGGUAAGCAAGCACCUAGCUACAAAAAAAACGAAUGAUGUAAACAACGGAACGUACAACAUGAUACGGUACUGUUCAGAAUUGGUAAGUACAUAGAUAACAAUAACUCAAUGUCAAUCUCAAGGUUGAACAAUUGAGUAGUAUGAACUGGAUGCUUUGCAUAGAAAAUACAAAAUUUAGCUUACUAGAUUGAGAUUGACACCAUUAUAUUUAUAACAGGUAUCUGUAAUUCUGCACAGUUCGAAUACUUAACAUGCAUUUGAAGCACAUCAACACAUUGAUAUUGAGUUUACGCCGGACGAAAAGCUGCUGUAGAUGAGCAUGAGGAUGACCAGCACAACGUACAUCUAACUGAGAUUCAUAAUGAUGAAAUUGAAAAUUUCAAAAAAGACUUCUAGAAGAAGGCACAACAAAUACUCGUUCGACAUCAAAAGAAAAAAAGCCGCGCUGGAAUCGAUGCGAAGCAGGCGAUGUCGUAGCACAAACGCGCUGGAUGAUUGACGAAAAUGCGCGAAACACAGAAUAACUACAAAUUCUAAGAAAUUCACAAAAAUUAUACAUAGCAAUUUGAAUUUGUGCAAGAUUGGCACAACAUCGAUCAUGAUUUAUCAGUAUUGUUGAUAGUAAAGCAUUGAAGAUUGUGACCGUGACAAUUAUAUCUCUUCUAAGUUUACGCGGACACAUGCACAUAUUUAUUGAUUAGGGAUUCAUCAAAUUAUCCAUGGGAGUGCAAAAAA